GAUUCGUUCUCCGGCUCGUGGUAUCGGUUCGGAACAAGCGAUGGCGGAUUCUCCUCCCAAAUAGGCGAGAACAGAUUGCGAGAGACGGAAGGAGGCGAAGGCGAGGCGGGGCGAAUCCAGGCCUUGAUCGCGACGCCUCCUGGCCGAUGGGAGAUUCGAGCGGCUCCGUCUCGAUUGAUGUGGAGAAGCUCUCCUUCGGCGGAAAGGAACAUCUUGUUAAGACCAGGUUUGGCGAGGUGUCGGUUACUGUUUUUGGAGAUAAGGAGAAGCCUGCAUUAAUAACCUAUCCAGAUGUUGCUUUAAACUAUGUGUCAUGUUUCCAAGGAUUGUUUUCUUGUCCUGAAGCUGCAUCCCUGUUGCUUCAUAGCUUUUGCAUUUAUCAUAUCAGUCCUCCAGGGCAUGAGACAGGUGCUGGUCCGAUUUCUUCUGAUAUUCCUGUUCCUUCUGUUGAUGAUUUGGCCAAUCAAAUUGCCAUUGUUCUCGACUUCUUUAGGUUAGGUUCAGUUAUGUGCCUGGGGGUCACCGCUGGUGCUUACAUUCUUACCCUUUUUGCUAUCAAAUAUAGGGAGCGUGUGAUUGGUCUGAUUCUUGUAUCUCCUCUAUGUAAAGCUCCCUCUUGGACAGAAUGGUUGUACAAUAAGGUUAUAUCGAAUUUAAUCUAUUUCUAUGGUAUGUGUGGCUUAAUAAAGGAGAGAUUGCUUCAGCGAUACUUUAGCAAGGAAGUUCGUGGCAUUGCACAAAUCCCCGAGUCAGAUACUGUGCAGGGCUGCAGAAAUCUGCUGGAUGAAAGACAAGCCAUGAACGUGUGGCGGUUUCUUCAAUCGAUUAACCGGAGGCAUGACAUCACUGAAGACCUGCAGCAGCUACAAUGCCGGACUUUAGUAUUCGUGGGCGAGAACUCCCCAUUCCAUGUUGACGCACUUCACAUGGCAUCAAAGCUGGACAGAAGAUACAGUGCCUUGGUGGAGGUCCAUGCAUGUGGAUCACUGGUGACGGAGGAGCAGCCUCAUGCGAUGCUGAUACCGAUGGAGUAUUUCUUCAUGGGGUAUGGGCUGUACAGACCUAGCCAAUUAACCGGCAGCCCGUGCAGUCCGCUCAGUCCAUGUUGCAUCUCACCGGAGUUGCUGUCACCGGAAAGCAUGGGCGUGAAGUUGAAGCCGAUCAAGACGAGGGCUUCGCAGGAAGUUUGAACAUGGCGGGUAGAGGAUGGCUUCUCUGCCUGCAAUAAUGUAAAGAUGUUGUUUGUGGAAUAUUUUUGGGUGUAGAUAGGGGAAGGAAAACGGAGGGUAUAUGGCCACGGUAAUAAGACUCCUAUGUUCCAUUCAUUUCCAUGGCAUCAUGCUCGCCUGUAUGAAUGAGAAUAAUAACAAGAGGUGGUGCCUUCAGUGUUCUUCUAGUUUUA